AUGAAUUAAUCUGAUUGGUUUUCUAUAGAAGAUGAUCAACUUUUCUAGAAUUCCGAAACGGCUUAACAAAAUAAGGCUUAGACUGAAAUGGAAAAAAUUGUGUCUAAGUAUGAAAAAAUAGUCUUGCAAUAAAACCUAAUUAAAUAUAUUGUAGUUGUAUCGAAAAGUGAGGAUCCUUAAAAAUAAAUAAAUGAGAAAUCUAGAAUUAAAAUAAGAUGUGAAGAAAAAGACGAAAAGGCUAAUAUACUCAACCCAACUCAAAAUCUAAAUAUUUUGAAGAUAUGCUUAUCUUCAAGCAUCCCUUUGAUCAAAGGAUUUCGUAUGGCUCUUCUAUCUAUGAAAGAAGGAGAGAAGGCUUGGUUUAAGAUAUCAGGAGACUUGUUAGAAAAACCAGAUAAUAUUGAAAAUUUCGUAAAAGAUCAAGUAAAAUACUACUUGAUUACAGUCGAAGAAGUAAUAUAACCAUAAUAAUAAUUGGAUGUUACUAAUGUUGAAAAUCGUGUGAUUUAGUUAGAAAAAUUCAAACAAGAAGGAAAUAAAUUAUAUCAAACUGGAGAUUAUGUAGGAGCUGCAUCUCGAUAUUUAAGAGGAAUAAACUUUAUUGAAAAGUGGCCUAAAUAUUUGAAUAAGGAGAAAAACUCUGAAGUUAUUAAAGAAGACUUUUAUCUAGUAUUGAUUAGUAAUAGAGCUUAAGCAUUGAUCAAAUUGAAAGAUUAUGAAGAAAGCUUAAAAAUUCUUGAACCUAUUGUUCAUCGCUUAGAAUAGAAGGAAUUUAAAGUAAAGUCUUAUUAUAGACUCGUAUUUUGUUUAAUUUAAUUGGAACAAUACUAAAAAGCUUUAGAUUAUAUUAAUAUAAUUAAAAGAGAUGAGAGAUAUCUUCAGUUCGAAUCGUUAUUUAAAGAACUUGAGGAUACUUGUAAUGAGAGCUAAUAAGGAUGA